CUUGCUACCAUCCAGCAGAAGAAGCACCGGCACCACGACGCCACCCAUGGCCACCAACCCCUACUAUGUUCUUUACAAGAAGAGGCGCCAGAUUAAGCAUCCGGUCUACGAAGCUGUGCUCGACCUCCACCUCUUGGGCUACAACUACAACCAGCUUCUCCAGUUCCUCGACUUGUCCCAUCAGAAAUCUCUCUACUACUGCUUCCAAAAACUCAACUUGCCCUUGGAUGCUCGGGGCCUGCUAGACGAGCUCUCCAGCGAGCCAGAUUUGUCUCUGCCCGACACCAGCUUGCAAAUCCCAUUUCUCCCUGAUCUGAAUGGUCCCAGCGUUGCUCAACAAAUUCAAAUCCCAGUCAACAAUUCCCCAACGCUAGAGCGGAAUGAUCCUAUACCCCAAACAAGCAUCAUUUCAAACCAUAAUCCGGCCACAGUACAGAAGGUCAACAAAAUGAAGGUCAACAAAAAGCCUCGCCAAAGUUUGGGCAACGAAAACUGGCUACAGAACUUGGUUAUCGACUUGUCCGAUUCUGAUUUUAACUCCGACUACGAAGACCCUGACACUCAUAUCAAUAGCCAUGACACUGUCUAUCUGAAUAAACUGAACGACAAUAGCGAAAAGAGCUUGUCUCAACUAAAGGAAAAGGAGUUGCAAAUUCAAAAACUCAAAAAGUCGAUUCAACUCCUAGAAAGCUCAAGAACCUAUCCUCCUCCUAUUCCCAUCACUACCACCACUAACCAUAACGAUGAUAACAACAUUGACUUGACAACAAAUCAAAUCAACUCCAAAAUUGACGACUUUCAGUCCCAAUAUAACCUUGCCCAAGUCUCCUAUAAUCAAAAACUAAUUGAAAUAGACCUAUCCAAGAAAUUAAUCAACAACUUGACCAAAUCUCUAUUAAACGAAAAGUUACUCCUAUCAAAGAAAAUGCAUAGUCUAGCAUCUUUAAAGCAAAAUCUAGAUGACACUAAAAAUAAUUUAGACCAAAACUUACCAAUUUUAAAACAAUUACUACUCAAUAAAAAUAUUCCCAAAAUAUCACCAACAUCGUCAACAUCGUCAACAUCAUCAACACCUUCAAUCUUAACGUCAUCUUCAACGUCAACAACCACCCCCAACACUCCAAUUAUUACACCCAUGUUAGAUGAAAGAAAACUUUUAGAACUAAAACUAAAAGAAAAAUUGAAACUAAAGUUUUUAAAAAAAAAUAUUCAAAAGAAUACCGAAAUCAAACAAGAAAAUACAGAAAUAAAACAGGAAAACAUACCGAUCCGUCAUAUUCAAACAGACAUCCAUAUUUCAAAUACUUUAAAACCUAACAUCCAAUUAAAUCAUGCCACCCUCCACCCAAUACAAAAAUUUAACAAUUCAAUUAACCCUAUUCAAAUUCACUCCAAUAAUCUUGAUGAUAAAAUCCACUUCAAAGACAAUAAUAGUAUCUGUUUCAAUAAUGAAAAUGAUCAAAUUAUUCCAAUUACAAUUGAUUCUUCUGAUAGUGACUCGGAAAUCUUAUUACCAAUAGGCAAUGACCAUCAAAAUGUAGAAAUCACAAAGAUAUCUCAAGGUACCCUAGAUAUCAGCGAUCAGAAUCAAUUACCUACUUUAAACAAUCAAUUCCUCUCUUCACCUUCAAACUCCUUGAUAAGUAAUCAAACAACUUCUCCUAAGGUUUGUACUUUAAAGUUUUUUAAUUUCAAAAUUUCUGCUAUCUAAAUUACUAACAAUACUGACAUGUCUACUACCUUGAUUUCUAUAUUAUAAUGAUUUUUUAUAAUUUUUUAUAAUUUUUUUUCUGGCUUUUU